AAUAAUUAAGAUACCUAAUGGCAAGGUUAGAAGGAAAGAUAUGUCUGGUCACUGGAGGAACUGCAGGUAUUGGACUGGGGAUAGCAGAGAGGUUUGCGAAGGAAGGAGCUAAGGUUAUUAUAUGUUCGAGAAAGGGAAAGGGAAAGGAAAUUGAUGAGAAGUUGGAGUCUGAUACUGAUAAGUUUAGUGAUUUGGAUAUUGAGAUCCAUGCUUGUAAUGUAGGCAAGGCAGAAGAGAGGAAAGCGUUUAUAGAGAAGAUUGGAGAGAAAUAUGGAAGAAUUGAUGUUCUUGUACUUAAUGUAGCUAGUUCAACACAUUUUGGAAUGCAAUUGGAUAUUACUGAGAAGGCAUUUGAUAAGAUGUUUGAGCUCAAUGUUAAAAGCACAUUCUUUACCAUUAAAGAAGCCAAACCAUAUCUAGAGAUGGCUGAGAAUCCUAACAUUCUUGUUAUUAGUAGCUUGGUCGGAACCAAUCCAUCACCACCUAUUGGAGUUUAUUCUAUGACUAAAGCUGCUCUUGAUAAUAUGGUAAAGUUCUUGGCUAUUGAGCUUAGAAGUGACAACAUUAGAAUCAAUGGUCUUGCACCAGGACUUAUCAAGACAUAUUUUGCUAAAAAUAUCUGGGAUAACCCAGAAAUCGACCAGGAUAGAGUAGGCUUACCAAGUGAUAUCGGCUCAGUUGCAGCUACUCUUUGUAGCGAUGAUGGUAAUUUCUGUAAUGGUGCUGUCUUCCAAGUUAAUGGUGGAUUCAGUUCAAUGUAGAAUGAAUUAAAAUGACGUUUUCAAUAUUUUUU